AUGCCUUCCAAUCAUCAUAAAGAUCGUGAAUUGUGUCCGACGAAGGACUAUGAUACAAUGACUCAAAGCGAAGCUAUCAAAGCCAUCAAAACACGAACAAAGUCCCUCGAACGUCUGAUGAUACACAAGAACCCCGUCUCUCCGGCAGAAAGCCGAAGAAUUGGCAUUGAAGACGAGAACGAUGAAUUUCAAAACGUGAAAUCCCACUCUAAAAAUUGUCCAAAAUCGGGAAAUGCUCAACUCGAGCUGGAAAUGGUAGUCCUCAAGCAUCGUCAAAUCAUUUCAGUGGUCAACAAAGAUUUGAACAAUCUCUUCCGUUAUACUUUAGACGCGAGAUUAAAGAUUCUACACGAGAAUCGUCAGGAGUUUCAGGUGGAUAUCAAGACAGUUGAGGAAUACUUAUUUCUCUUAAGAAAAUUGCAACCUGCUAGCGACAAAAACUGGGCACGAAAGAUUAGCAUCGCUUCAGAACUAAUGACUGAAUCUACUAUCAUGCGCAGCAGUAUUGAGGCUCGCAUUCAAGAGGUAGAAAGUUUCCUAUUCAAAGCGACAAGUGAGAAAGUAGGCUUAGAGAGCAGAAGAGAAAUGAUGCUAGAUCUCGGGAUACGCCAUGGAACUUACGGGAGCACACUUAGUCUCCGGGACCAUGAUAAAUUUCCCCAGAAUAGAUACAGUAAACUGAUCGACGUUGACUCAUUGGAGAAGCAAGUUCGUGGGGCUAUGGCAGUUUCUAAGAAGCCAGGAUUGUAG